AACAACUGCAAGGGGAGGGGAGAAAGAAGCUGAAGAAAGGCAAAAACUUUAUCCAGACAGGAGAGGACUCUUGGAAGCUCUUUAACCAAACUGGAUUACAUCAAGAACAGUUUCUGAGGAUUAAUGUUGCCAUAAUUUAUUGGAUUAACAAUUGCUAAAGGAGCUAAAGGAGGGCGUCAUGAGGGUCAUCUGGUCCUCUCUGGUGCUUCUGACCAUCUGGAUGGGUCACAGGGGUCGAACGGCAUCAGCUGAAGAUGUCAGCUGCCCGUCCAUACAAGUGGAUGAAUGGAAGUUUCCUCAAUCUGCCAGAGAUAACAUUACAGGUUUCAAUCUGGUGCGACGUUUCUCUCUGAUGAAAAACAGUGAGGUCAAGAAGAUCCGAAACCCAAGGGGGCCCAUCAUCCUGCGCCUCGGGAAAGUCCAACUCAUUCAGCCUACAGAUCAAGUGUUUCCUCAUGGACUCCCGGAGGAGUUCACCCUGGUCUUCACCCUGCUGUUGAAGAAGAAAUCUCUGAAUGAUAACAUUUACCUUUUCCAGAUAUCAGACGAACAAGGUUAUCCUCAGGUCUCACUAGACUGGAAUGGGCAAGAUGGCAACCUGGCCCUGCGGGCGAGAGGGCCUGACCCUGAAGGGACAAUGGUGGGAUGUGUAUUUGAAGGUGAUGGUGUUGAAUCCCUAAUGGACAUGCGCUGGCAUAAAGUGUCUCUGAGUCUGCAAAGAGAUUCUGCCUCCCUGCAUGUGGACUGCAGCUCCAUUGAGACCAAGCCUCUGGAGCUCCGUGGCUCGGUGGCACUAAAUGGACAUACACUGUUGGGCAUGAGAGCUACUGACGCUGGUCCUGUAGAGAUUGACAUUCAGCAGGUGAUGUUGUACUGCGACCCCACGCUGGCCAUUCAGGAGGCCUGCUGUGAGAUACCAGGAGCUCGGUGCCCGCCGGAUGCUCCCAAGAGUCGGCGAGCGGCUGAAAACCAGGUGGAGUUUGCGGGCAAUCCUUUUACAGAGACAUUCCUUGGAUCCAAGGAACUGGCUGAAAAAUGCGCAGGGUGUGUAGUGCUCAGUGAGGAAUCGAGUGUGAUCCAGGAGGGUUAUGCUGGUCAGAAAGGCUCCAAAGGAGAUAAAGGAGAAAGGGGUUUGGACUGCACUGCUGCUGGAGUUCCUGGACGAUGCUCAGAAGGUUCUAAGGGAGAUAAAGGAGAGAAGGGCGAAUCAGGUCUGCCAACCAAUUGGGGGGAAGCUAUAGGUGUGAAGGGAUACAAAGGCCAGAAAGGGGAGAUUGGAGCCCCAGGUCCAUCUGGAAAUCCUGGAAAAGAUGGUCGAGCUAAUCCUGUUUGUGUGGUGGGCCCUAAAGGACAAAAGGGCGUUCCUGGUCCGGUUGGACCAGAGGGGCUUGCUGGAGAACCGGGACCCCCAGGGCCUCCUGGACCAGCAUCACCUGGAUCUGAAGGGCCUUCAGGAUCUAAAGGUGACAAAGGUGAUUCUGGUAAACCUGGUAAAGAUGGAAAUCCAGGCGAACCAGGUCCAAGAGGUCCCUGGGGACCAAAAGGCGAGAAGGGAGAACCAUGUGAAGUGUGUCCAGUGACCUCUCCAGAAUCUGGCAACACUUUGGCCCUUCAGGGCAAGCCUGGGCCUAAAGGAGAACCAGGGGCCCCAGGCAAUGGAGAUCCAGGUCCACCUGGUCCUCCAGGAUUGGGUGGCAAAGCAGGGGAGAAGGGGGAACCAGGAGCAAAUGGAGCCAGAGGUGAAAAGGGUGAACCUUGUACUGGCUGUCCUACUCUUGGAGAUCUUCCGGUGGGCAUUCUGAAUAAAGCUCCGAAGGGAGAGAAAGGAGAUCCAGGUUUUGGACAGAAAGGAGAGCAGGGAGAUCCAGGUCCAAGUGGCCUCGCUGGACUGAAGGGUGAAAAGGGUAACGCUGGCAGUAAAGGAAACGAGGGCAAAACUGGAAAACCUGGGCCAAGAGGACAGGGUGGUAAAGAUGGGAAUAAAGGAGCCAAGGGUGAUUCUGGUCUUCCUGGUAUAGGAGAAACUGGUCCAAAGGGUGAAAAGGGGGACUCGUGUGGUGUGUGUGAAAGCACUGCCUCUGAGGUGGGAGGUUUCCCACCUACGAUAAAGCUUACAGGUGAACGUGGCCCUCCAGGACCCCCAGGGCCACCUGGAGAAGGAGUCGAGGGCAAACAGGGACCUCCAGGUCUACAGGGAUUUAAAGGGGUGAAAGGUGAUCAGGGAUUACAAGGAGACCCAGGUGUUUCUGGUACACCUGGAGCAACAGGACCUCAAGGAGAACCAGGGAGGAAUGGCCUUAAUGGAGUAAAAGGAGAAAAGGGAGAUGCGUGUGACAGCUGCCCAUCAUUCCCUGAAGGAGAUGGAAAUGUGGUUGGCUUACCAGGACCCAAGGGAGAAAGGGGAGAACCAGGUUUGCCAGGACAGGCUAAAGAUGGAAAACAGGGUAAACCUGGACCACCAGGUCUCCAGGGACCACCGGGACUCAAAGGAAGUCAGGGUGAAGCCGGACCUCCAGGUGUUGGCCUUCCAGGACCGCAGGGUGAGCAGGGACCUAGAGGUUUUCCUGGAGCUGCUGGUCCUGAAGGACAACAAGGACCGGCUGGGCCAAUGGGACCCGGAGGUCAGAGGGGUCCAAAGGGAGAAAUAGGACCGCCAGGGCCACAAGGGCCAGCAAUCUCAGGACAAAUUGGGCCACCGGGCAGGGAUGGUACGACAGGAAAUCCUGGAGUGCCGGGACAAAAUGGAGUACCUGGAUCCAAAGGGCCUAAGGGUGACAAGGGUGAACCAGGAGAGUGUAACUGUGUGCAAAAUAUCUUCCCUGGAACUGGCGGCCCUGGUGUGCCAGGUGGUGAAAGCAGGUGGCAGCCUGGUCCUCAGGGGCCCCCUGGACCACCAGGUCCUCCAGGUCCCCCGGGACCCCAAGGCUUUGAAGGAAACCCAGGUCCACAGGGUAUCCCUGGCAACGAUGGCCUACCAGGGAAACAGGGUCCACCCGGCCAACCACCUAUUAUUUCUUAUCCUCAAGACUCGCCAGACAAGGAGGGGUGUGGAGACGGGUGUUCAAAGGGUCUACCAGGUGUGCCCGGCAAUGUUGGAGCUAAGGGCGAGAAGGGAGAUCAGGGCAAGCCUGGCGUUGUGCCCGUUGAAGGAUGCGAGCGGUGUCUAGAGCAGCUGCAAAGGGAGGAGACACCACGUGGGCCUACAGGUAAUCAGUGUACUGGUACACCAGGGCCACCCGGUAACCCAGGAGCGCCAGGCGAUAGAGGAGAGCCGGGCUCCAGAGGUGAGCGAGGCCCUGCCGGUCUUCCUGGAAACCCGGGUAAUAUCGGGUUCCCUGGUCCUCAAGGACCCUCUGGCUUGCCUGGACAGCAAGGUCAGAGAGGAACGGAUGGGCUUCCAGGACUAAAAGGUGAACAGGGUCCUCCAGGAAACCCAGGCUAUUCAGGAGCUAUGGGAGCACCUGGAAUGCCUGGACUGAAAGGAGAGCGUGGCACUCCUGGCACAGCUGGACAGAAGGGAGAAUCGGGCCCACCAGGAUCUCCAGGAUAUCAAGGACCAGCUGGACCCGCAGGUCCUAAAGGGGAAGCUGGAACCCCGGGACCCGUGGGACCAAAGGGAGAUCAGGGCUUCCAAGGAACUCAAGGAUUUCCAGGACAACAGGGGCCUCCAGGGUUUCCAGGAAAAGCAGGAACCUCGGGCCCUUCAGGACCACCGGGAGAGAAGGGAAGUGCUGGAAAUGAGGGGCCGCAGGGACCUUUAGGUCCCCGUGGAUCACCUGGAGCUCCAGGCAUGCCUGGUCCACCUGGAAUGGAGGGACUUGACGGCAAAGAUGGAAAACCAGGUUUAAGGGGUGAAGCAGGGGCAGCUGGCCCACCUGGACUCAGAGGAAUACCGGGUUUCAAAGGCAUCAAAGGACACACAGGACUUCCAGGAAUAAAAGGUGACAGAGGACCUCAGGGACCUGCUGGAGCAAUAGGAAGACCUGGUCAAGAAGGAGAUCCUGGCACUCCAGGACCACAAGGACCACCUGGAGCUCCAGGACAUAUGGGUGCUGCAGGUCCUCCAGGGCCACCGGGACCAGUUGGACCAUCUGGAGUAGGCAUUAAGGGAGACAAGGGUGAGGCGGGAGAAAGAGGAUUGGGUGGACUUCCAGGCCCACCAGGGCUUCCAGGUCAUCCAGGACUGAUGGGUGAACCAGGAAAUGAUGGGGCACAGGGUAAAGAUGGAUCCCCAGGCCUGCCAGGAGAGCCCGGCGCUCAUGGACAGAAGGGUGAAGCAGGGGCAGAGGGGCAGAGAGGACCUCCAGGAGAACGUGGACGUCCCGGCCUGCCUGGAGGAGGCUUUGGAGCAGGCAAAGGACAAGAUGGAAUCGUCGGUCCAGUCGGACCCCGUGGCGAGAGGGGAAGCCCAGGUUCACCUGGACAUGCUGGUCCUCCUGGAUCACCAGGAAUCCCAGGAAAUGAUGGUGUAGUGAACUAUGAUGAUUUGAGGGCCUUCAUCAGACAGCAGGUUAUGAAGAUAUUUGAUGAACGCAUGGGCUACUACAUGUCACGAAUGCAGAUGCCUGUGGAGAUGGUUGCAUCCCCUGGACGACCAGGGCCACCAGGGAAAGAUGGAAGUCCAGGAAUUCAAGGGCCUCCAGGGAUGCCAGGCCGCUCUGGACAGAUUGGCCGUGAAGGAAGACAGGGACCCAUGGGCCCACCCGGUGCCCCUGGUGUGAAGGGAGAGAAAGGAGAUAAGGGAAUUGGGGAGAUGGGAGACAGUGGGCCUCAAGGAGCUCCAGGUGUUCCUGGCCCCCCUGGUUACGGUAAAAUGGGACCACCAGGUCCCUCCGGUCAGCAGGGCAUUCCCGGGGUUCCCGGACCUCCAGGUCCAUCUGGAACAAAGGGCAAGGAUGGUCGCUGUCAACCGUCAGACUGUAUGAGUAUGCCUGUGGAGUACAACCCCAAAGGCCCUCAUUCCAAAGGUCCAAUGUACUAGAAAAGCUUGUGAGAUCGUUUUAUGAGAAGUAAAAUAUGGAGGAUGCAACUCAACGUUUGACAUUUUCACCUGCUAAGGCUUCUGGAAAGAACCAAAGGAUUUAUGUGCAUUUCUUUAACCAUGAGCAGGCCACUGAUGCCAGGCCAACUCACUGGCUCAUCACUAAAUGGGACAUUUAUAAAUUAUUGUCUGCUGUUGAACCAGUAACGAAAGGCGUGUGUUUUUACCACUAUAAGUGAUUCGACAUUUUAAAUGAAAGGGCCUAAACCCAUGCAUCAUAAAAAUUAAACAAAUUGAAGACACUUAAUUUUAGUAGAUGUUUUAAAUUUUACAUAAACUACAUCCCUGUAUUGGCUUUUAUAUUCAAUAUUGGUGCCCAGAUUUUAUUUAAGAGUCAUUUUACAAUCAGUAAGUGUUUUCUUUAAAUGUUUUGAGGUCCAACUAAAAAUAUUAUUAAUUUUGCCCCUUCAUGUCAGUCUUUAAUGAACUUUAUAAUCUAUUAAAGCAAUUUUCUGGGUUGAAUACAAUGUAAGGUGUAUCAGCAGCAUUCAUUUUUAUUUUGAUUCAUACCUCAGUUUGUUAAAAAAAAAUACAUUUUUAAUGGAAAUUGCAAGUAUUUUUAUUUUUUCCAUUUGACAGAUUUUACAAAUUAACACAGAAAUCUUGUUUAUAUGGAGCUUGACAUAUUGAUGCUAUUGAUAGAUAUUACCUUCUAUUAAACCUGGAACAUAUUACGAAUAUCUUUGGGAGAUUUUGGCAGCUGCUACUUGGCAAAGACAGUGUGGCAUAAAUAUACACAACUGGUUUCAUUGAAUAAUUCAUUCCUCUUUCCAUUUGAUGACCUAAAUAAUGUUAAUUAUUCAAAAUGAACUUUCCCAAGGGCUUGUGUUGUACAUAUUCAUAUUUAUACUUAAUGGCUUUUGUAUUUUAUUAAUUCACAUCAGCAUGGCAGCCCUUGUUAUCACCACUUUGUCUCAAAUAUUUUGGAAUAUUGUGAAAUGAUGUAAGCUCUCCAUCAAAUUGUUGUGUAAAGGUGGGUUUUAUAUGAACUUUUGGGAUGAAAAGCAAUUUUGUAAACUAUCACGAGAUAUUUUAUAUUUUUAUAAGAAUAUUUCAGUGACAUCGAUCUUUUUAAAGCUCUGUGAUAACAUCUCCUCCACCACUCUGGACUCUUAAACUUGAAUAUACUUAGUUUGAUGUACUGGCACUGUACCACUUGCAGGUGAACCACCAUGAUGUGCUUUAAGAACACUCUAAUCUUAAAAAUGCUUUGCUAGUCUGAAAAACAAACAAACAUUAAAUUCAAUGCCUUCACAGUUCAUUUUUCAUCCUCUCUGAAGCAAAAUGGCUGCUCACUGAUUGGCUGCCAUUCAGCAUUCUGCUGCAUCAGCCAAUCUGAUGCUUUCAUCUUCUGCACUUAUAUCCUCUCUUCUUCCUCUCUAUACUUUCUCUCUGUGUAAGUGUGAAUGUGUGUGUUUGCAAAUGUAGAAAGAUUCUGCAUCCAUAUCAGGAGGUUAACUUUGUUAGAGCUGAAAAUGUCUGGGUCAGCAGGAGAAUUAAAAUAUUUUGAAUUUACAGUAUGUGGUUUUCAAGGUCAUGAAGCGAACGAUGUGAGCAUACAAAUUUUAUAUCAGCCUUUUAAGCUUUUAUUUAUCCCAGUUUUCCACCCAUUCCCAUCAUCAUGCAUCUUAUCAGAGCACUGUUUGUGUAAUUUGUGUGCAAAUCCUUUUUUGAAGAAACUUAAGAGAAGCAAUAAAAGUUCUGAAAGCAGCGUUA